AUGGUGUAUUGUGGAAAGCCCUCAAGGGGCUGCCAGAUGUGCCGGACUCGUCGCAUCAAGUGUGAUGAAACAAAGCCUACGUGCAACCAGUGUGCCAAAUCCCGAAGACAAUGUCCUGGAUACAAAGAUGAGUUUGAUCUCGUCUUCCGCAAUGAGACCCAAGCCACUGAGCGGAGGGCGCGCAAGGCAAACAAGAAAGCCCUCCAGAAGCUGGGCAAGGGAGACGGCGGAGAAGAACGAAGCGGCUCCACAUCACCUGUAGAAGGGCUCUCAAACGUGAUCAGGUCGCCGCUCCAACAAGCUGUUACUCCAGCGCUGGCUAUACCGGCCGAAACUCGCGCCGACUGUCAUUUUGUGGCCAACUUUGUUCUCAUGCCGCAGCAAGGCAGCACCCGAGGCUUUUUCGACUUUCUCCUGCCCAUGCUAAAAGCAGAAGGCGUCAACAGUCACCUGCAACGGGCCUUCAACGCGUGCUCAAUGGCCUUGUUGAACAACUGUGCUGGGGCCAGAAAUCAGUAUGCGGACAAGGCAUUGAACGAGUAUACACAUGCACUCACUGGCACCAACAUAGCUCUGCGAGAUCCUGAAGCCCAAAAGACGGACUCGACGCUGGCUGCUGUUCUUCUCUUGGGACUCUUUGAAAACCUGACGGCCAAGCAGUUGGGAAUGUCGGCGUGGGGAUCACACAUUGAAGGCGCAAUCCAGUUGGUGAAGCAGAGGGGUCGGAAACAGUUGAGGACGCGGACUGGGCUUCUCCUCUUCAUCGCUGUUCGAACACAGAUGAUCAUUCACACUCUAACGUCAGGAAAAGCGCCAAUCAUGGGUGUCGAGUGGUGGAUCAACGAUGCGGUCAAGGACGAAUGGGCUGCCAAAUGUCAACGGGUAAUGAUCAAGACGGGAGAACUGCGAGCCGAAGUCACACGACUGAUGAACUGCAUGCCGCGUACACCAGAGAAUAUCGAACUGAUGCUGAACAUGAUUCGCAGAGCACAAAUGGUGGAUCAAGAGGCGGUAAACUGGAUGAACAAUCUGCCAGAGUUCUGGCAGUACAAGACUGUACACUGGGAGACGAGCGUACCGAAUGGAGACUAUGCAAACGCCGAGAUCUAUCCCGGACGCGUGGACCUGUAUGCCGACUUUUGGAUCGCCAGCGUCUGGAAUCUGUGCAGAACGUCGCGGCUCAUCAACGCCUCGCUGAUCGUGCGGUGCGCCGCCUGGGUGUGCUCUCCCGUCGACUACCGCACCACUCCGGAAUACGCAACGGCGGCGAGGACUUGCGUCGAGACCAUUAGCGACAUUAUCGCCUCGGUCCCGUACCACUUGGGUUGGCACCUCAAGAAGAAGGAGUUCCUGUCGAGGAAGAAUCUCGGACAUUUUGCCUGCGGAGAGGAAGACGCGCUCAAGGGUCUGGCUGGGUACUUUCUGACUUGGCCACUGGCAUGCAUACAUUGUCAAGACUAUGCCACGGAUACGCAGCGAACGUGGGUGCAUGGCCGACUUCGGUAUAUUGGAGACGAUCUUGGUGUUAAAUAUGCCCAUAUCCUCAGCAAGAUGCAAGUCCGGAUCCCGUCCAUGAUGAUACACCGAGAUGGGCUGAUGGCUUCACCUUACGGUUCCGCUCAGAACUUUGAAAAGAUUCUGAAUGCGCGCAAUGCUCCCCCCUCGGCCGGGUACUCCAUGAACCCUCUACAGCAGCGCGAGUCCAUGCAAAAGGCUGCUUUUGAACAGAGCCGGUCGGAGCUCUUGCACAAGGCGUCGGGUAAUGCUGGACCAUCUACUCAAUGGGUUGCGAAGAAUUGGCUCACACUUCCUGAGCAGAACCAAUACCCAGGUAGUCAAUAUGUUGCCGGCCCAACACAGAGUGAGCUGAUAUCAAGUGCUGGACCACUUGUUGCCUCGGAGCGGCCCUAA